CCCUUGUUGUUAGCAUUCUCCGCUUUAGCUUUAACGCGAUCCUGAUCGGCGAUUCAGGUCUACUUUAGCGUUUCAGCAUCUUUGAUAGUGUUCAUAAUACAAUUCGAGUUUUUGUGAGGUGGAAAUAGCCUCAUUAAAAUUAUAAUAUAACUUAUUAGACGUAUUUAUUUGAAAAUCUAUAUUACUACACGCGGAAUGUCACUAAAUGUUUGACGGAGAUGAUGUCCCCAGCAGAGGAAGGCGCAGUAUCCGAAGCGGAAUUAGACGUCGAAGGAGAAGCCAAUAUUAACGCUGCACCUGGAGAAAACGGGCUAAAUGAACCAGAAGCCGCGCCAAAUGGUGUAGACCGUGUAGACGAGGAAGGGGACAAUGAAGAAGAAGAAGAAAAUGAUGCAGAGCCUUCAACCAGUGAUGUUGAUGCAGUAGGAAUUGAGCAAAUUGAAAAUUGUGUGGACGAUGUAGAGCCCGAAACAACGAAUGAAAACAACAGAGACAGCAGUUUUGAAAACGGGGGGGUGUCUGAGGAAAAGGGCGAUGAAGCUGACAAUGAGCAGGAUGAAAUUUUGGAAACAACCAGUGAGCGGGGCGCUGCUGAUGAAGAACGGGACGGAACACCUACGCUUGACGAGAAUCUACCCAUAGGGCUGGAGGGAUUGGAGACAGAGCCUAUAUCUGAAGAGGAAGAGCGAGAAGCAGAGGAGGGAGAAAUAAUAGGCGAAGAAAAGGUGGAAAUCGCUUGGAAAAAACCGAGUGGAAGACGGAAUUAUCGGGAUAAAAAAGCUAAAGAAGAGGAAGAGGAAAAGGUCGAAGAGACCCCAAAACUUCGGCCAAUUGAAGAAAAAAGAAGAGAAGCUCGCAAGAAAGAAAAGAAAAAACAACAGCUGGCCACAAAACGCCGGAAAGAUCUUGAAAGAUAUGAUGUACGAAGGAUAGUCAACGAACGAAAAGAUCGGCGGCCAAGCACAGACCGUUUCGGCCGAGUUAUCAGAAGAGAGAGGCGGAGUGAGGAGAGAAGCAGCCCUGAAAGCAAAAGACGCAGACGCAGCAGUGACAGACGCCACUCUUCCGAGAGACGGCGGGAGUCGCCGGAAAAAAGACAUUCUGUCGAAAGGAGAAAGCACUCUCCAGACCGCAGAAAAGGCUCGCCUGCGCGGCGGAAGAGCACUCCCGACCGCAGGAAGAGCAGUCCAGAGCGCAGGAAGGUCACUCCUGACCGCAGGAAGGGUAGUCCAGAGCGCAGGAAGGGCAGUCCAGAGCGCAGGAAGGGUAGUCCAGAGCGUAGGAAAGGUUCGGCAGAUAGGAGAAAGAGUCCUGAACGCAGGAAAAGUUCUCCAGAGAGAAGAAAGAAUACUCCUGAGAGGAGGAGACAUUCGUCUGAAAGGCGGAGGCAUGCUUCGGAGUCGAGGCAACUCAGCCCUGAGAGACGGCGCUCCUUGGAGAGGAGAAAUCACAGCCCAGUGAGACGACGCAGCAGGGAAAAAAGGCACAGUCCCGAGGUGUGGCCGGAGGUUCGGCGAACAAGCCCUGACCCUCGGCGCAGCGUCCACGAAAGGUUAGGUUUCCGAGUGCAGGAUGCGGAACAGGUGGAGAGGCGGCGGCGCAAACGCAAGAAGGAGAAGCGGAGGAAGGAGGUGAUCGCAAGGGGAAACAACAUAUUGAUAUCUGUCAACUUCAAGAAGCAAAGGGAGCCGCCCCAAGAGAGGCCGCGGACCCCUACGCCGCCUCCGCCACCCCCGCCGCCAGCCCCGGCCGUCAAGGAGAAGAAGAAGAAGGAGAGGAGGAAGAAAAUCGCAAAGAUGGCAUCCAAGAAGCGACCGAUUGCAGUCAUUAACUUAGAGGCGGAGCCAGCGCCUGAAGUCGUGAUACCGGAAGGGCCGAAAACCCCUCCUGAACCGCAAAUCAAAUUCAGCAUCAUGACCAAGACGAGCCUGAAACCCCUGGUCAAUCCUUUGCACGAGGAAGAGGAGGACGACGAAGAAGUCGUACAGGCUGAGCCUGCCCCAGAAGUCGUCCCCGAAGCCGCUGACCCCGCCCCCACCCAACCUGAAGAGUCCACUGACGUGUACAACCCCUUCGAGCCGACCAACUCACCUGCGGAAGACUCCAAAGAGCCGGAGCCCGAAGAGGCUCCUCUCCAAGAAGAGAAACAGGAUGAAGAAGCACCAGCCGAGACGCCGGCGCAACCUGAAGUGCAAGAAACACCCACCCCUGAACCUGUGGAGGAAGCUCCCAAGGUCACCACGGCUGCGAGUCCCCCUAAGAUUCGUCCCCCGCCUCCUGUGGUCGCCGUUCCGCCUCUGGCGGCCUCGCUCGUUCUACAGCCGCAGCUUAACCUGGUGCCCCUGUUGCUUCAAGCGGCGCCCACGCUCUUGGCGCAGCUCCGACUGCCGAACAGCGUGCAAACGCAGCUGCCAGACACCACGACGGACGUUGUGGACAUGGAACUCGAGAGUCCCUACUCCCCUGCAGCGUCCGAGGGCGAUGAUCUCUUUGAACCGCCGGCAGCCAGGGAAGGGAAAAGAUCAAAACGGGCUCCGGCUGCUGAAAGCAAAGCGCCUGGAGAUAAGUUUGAUGCUUUGAGAGGCGCUUGGAAGGCCAAAACUGGAGCACCUACUAAAACAAAAAGUAAAAAAGAAAUUACCAUAAAAAUGGAUGAAGAUCAACUACGCAUUCUCGAUGAUGUGCCAAGCUCUGCAGUUGAAUUACAAGUCAAAGAAAAGUACUUAAAAAAGCUCAACCACCAAGAACGAGUCGUGGAUGAAGUUAAGUUGGCGCUGAAACCGCACUACGCUCGUAAAAAAGUCAACAAAGAUCAAUACAAGGAAAUCCUACGCCGGGCUGUGCCAAAGAUAUGUCACUCUAGGAGAAGGGAAAUUAAUCCACAUAAGGUACGCAGACUUGUGAGUGCUUACAUAAAGAAAAUAUGCGGCAGCAAAAGCAAGACCACUGCAUCGUAGUUUGGUGGGCGAAGCCUAUUGUUGUGACACCUCAGAAAUGACUGAAUGGGAAAGUUUAACUUAUGAUCCAGCAAUCGUGUUUGCAAUUGAAUUAACACUAAUAUUUAUAAGAUUCAUCUUUAAAAACCUUAGUAUAACUAUAUGGAAAUUCUUUUUGUGUUAUUAUUUAAAUUACAUACAACAAAAUAAUUGUGAUGCAUUUAGAACUUUUAUUUAGAAUAAAAUUGACAUAAUUAGA